AUGGACUACAAAGCCAAGGCCAUUGCAGGUCUCCUGGCAGCCACCUGUGUCUUCACCAUCAUUGCCCUCAUUCUGAGUGUUGUGAACGUGAGGGAUGUGCUUCUGCCUCCCAGCACCAAGUACGGUCUGGUGUUCGACGCGGGCUCCACGCACACGACUCUCUACGUGUACCAGUGGCCUGGGGACAAGGAGAAUGGCACUGGCAUCGUGUCCCAGGUGGAGGCCUGCACCGUGCCUGGACCUGGCAUCUCCAGCUAUGCAGAUGACCCCGCUGGGGCUGGAGCCAGCCUGAAGCCCUGCCUGGACAAGGCCAUGGAGAUCAUUCCAGCAGAGCAGCAGCAGGAGACCCCCACCUACCUGGGGGCCACAGCGGGCAUGAGGCUGCUGAGCUGUGGGUCUUGCUGGCAGCCCAGGCCAAGCCCUGCUAACAGCUCCUGCUGUCCCCAGGGCAGCCGGUCUCCCCAGCAGGUGUCUCACCCCUGCUACCCCAAGGGAUACCAGGAGAACAUCACCAUGGCAGAUCUCUACAACAGCCCCUGUGUCCAGGCACCGAGCAGCCCCAGCCCUGUGCAGAAUCUCACGGUGACAGGCACAGGGGACCCAGCAGCAUGUGCCAUUGCCAUCCGGGAACUCUUCAACUUCAGCUGCGAGGCCAGCAGGACGUGCGGGUUCAACGGGGUCUAUCAGCCGCCUGUGCGGGGACAGUUCUUUGCUUUCGCUGGCUUCUACUACACCUUCCACUUCCUGAACCUGACCAACCAGCAGUCUCUGAAUGAUGUCAACUCCACGGUCCAGACCUUCUGCAAGAAGAACUGGACAGAGCUGGUGCAGACCUUCCCGCAGGAUAAGCGGCACCUCCACAACUACUGCUCCACAGGAAUUUACAUCCUGACGCUGCUGCUUGAUGGCUACAAGUUCACCCAGCAGACGUGGAGCAGUAUCCACUUCAGCCAGCAGGCAGGCAGCAUGGACAUCGGAUGGUCACUGGGCUUCAUGCUGAACUUCACCAACAUGAUCCCCAUGGAGGCCGUGGAACACGUGAAGGGGCACCAGCCCAGUCUGUGGGCAGGUGCUGUCUCCUUCAUUGUCCUGACCAUAGUGGUGGCCCUGGUGGCUGUUUUCCUCCAGUGCUCUGGAAAACCACGUAGCUCCCAGCGUCCUGACUAG